UUAAACGUUACAGAUCUCUGCCAUUCUGGAGACAUAAGGAUCUAAUUCCAUUAGUACAAGGUUUAGAACCAGUAGAGGAGGAUGAAACUUAUGAACUAGAAGAAGAAAUUGAUAUAGAUAUGUCAGUUAAAAAUGAAGAAUCUAACGAAGCUGACGAAGAUUUUGUUGAACAAUUAAAUAAUGAGACUGAUGAUGAACUUGUAGAUGCGCUUGAAGAAUAUGAAGGUGAGAAUGAUGAUUUUUUUGAGGAAGUUGACGAAUCAUGGGAAGAAGUUAACAAUCGUGUCACACAAAAGCUUCAACAAUAG